AUGCAUCGUUUUCUCGCUCUCACCGCGGCUGCGGCAAGCGUCUUCGCCACGGCCUCGGGCACCAAGGUUCCCAGCGUCGACGUGCCCUCAUGCCCUCGCGUCGGCUCGAUUGUCUACAACAAGUCGGUGCCUGACCUAACACCAUUCCCGCGGACGCAGGUCGACCUGUGCUAUACCGACGACAGCCUUGAGCUCUCAUUUACCGCCUAUGAUGAGGUGAAUUACUUCUUCAACGCGUCGCAGGGCACCAACGACGACAUCUGGGAGUACGAAGUCAUGGAGGCCUUCAUCUACAAGGGAACCGAAGACCCUCAGACAUACGUCGAGCUCGAAGUCAACCCCAACAAUGUGACGUACCAAGCAUUUGUUUACAACCCUUCCAAGACCCGAGAGGCUGGCGCACCGUUCGACCACUUCUUCGUCUCGGAUCCGGCUACCGACGGCUUCAAGUCCAAGACACUUCUCAACAAGAAAGCCCAGAUGUGGAAAAGCACCCUUACCGUCCCUCUAGGAAUCUUCAAUGUGGACGUUGGCAAGGCAAAGGGUACCUCUUGGAGGAUGAAUUUCUUCCGAACCGUCGUUUCAGAAGAGAUUUAUCCAAACCAGAUUCUGGGCGGCUGGGGCGUUCCUGACCAGGCGAGCUUUCAUAUCACCAAGUAUUUUGGUAAGGUGAAGUUCAUUUAA